AUGAACGGCUUGAAACAGAGGCCCGCAAUCGACGAUGAGGCCAGGAUUGGCGCACUCUACAACGCUCGGGAGGACUGCUUCCUGGCGGGCAACCCGUCCAGCGAGCAAUAUCCCCCGGGCGCAGUUCAAAUCAGCUCCACCCCAACACAGAAGAUCCAACUCGACCACGACAGCAGCUUCGCAUCCAAGUUUCGUAUGCUGGGAGUUGAAGCCUCUCUUGGCGCCACAAUUCUGGCCGGAUGGCUCGACUGCACAGGCUCUUUCAGACUCCUGGAGGAACCAAAUGGCCAGGACGACGCUUGGUCAGCUGUAUACCACACCCUCCUGACCGUGGAAGAGAGACUACAUCUAGGUUGUCCGGCCCUCCGUGACUGCCUCAGGGACUACUCGUUACAGGAGGCUACGCAUCUUGUUGUGGAAAUCAAAUGGGGUCUACGAAGCGUGAUCACCGCUCAAUAUCCAGAGAGACUGUCUGCCAACGCAAGCGCACUGAGGUCUCGCAUGGGCGAAUUCGCGGCGGCGGCAGAGAAACUGGCAUCCGACACCAGCCAAAGCCAUUGUUUUGCGCUCGGGUCAAAUGAACCCCUCGAUGUCAUGGUAUACAGCGAUGUUUUACAAACCGAUGGUAUCAUCAUGGAGGAUCUCCAAGAAGCAUACGAGUUUCUGAAGAUCGUGCCUCUCCACAUCAAGGACAUCAAUAACGGCAAAGGAAAGCCGGUCACUUACUCGCUCCUGCCUCUCGAAGUCGUUGGCUAUAUCCUCCAAUUGCCGCUGGCCCCGCAGGCGGCGCUAUCACUUCCAAGGGACGAGUGGCUGGAUCAGCUCAUCAAGGUGUUUGACGACUUUCAGUCAUACCGUCGCCGGCUGUCGGACCAUGCUACCCACAUGGUCUCCAAGAAGCAAUAUCUACUUCCCGGCCAAAUGGAGCUCUUCGAAGACGGCUUGAGGCGACUGUCAGAAGCCGAAUCUGCUUUGAAGGCACGAUUCCCCAUGGCGGUGCGCAAUGCGAGACAGGACGGCGAUCAAGGCGAACUACAUCGGCUGUUGCAGGAAUAUGUCGACGGCGACUCGGCUCCCGGCAAGAUUGGAAACGUCGACUCUUCCCACCCAAGUGCCACAGACGUCCUUGAGGGACUUGUCGCUAGGGGAGCCACGUACGUAGGGGGCGACGACUCCGUCCUGGUCAACGAGCUUGAGAGAUAUAGGCACGGUGAUGUUUACGUCUUGCACUUCGACCGCUCCGGUCUGUCUGAAGACGUAGAUCCUUCUUGGACGCUCAAUUACGACCGAUUCCUCAACCUGCUGGACAAUCAGAAAGACGGCACGCACACUCUGUGGGCAAUCUAUGAACCUAGCGCCAGAAAGGACGCAUGCCAGAGUGGUUUUCAUAUCUCUUAUUUCCAGAUGGGAGAAGAGGUCACGCAAGACCUUUUGGAGUAUGAAAGACUCAUGAGCGAAAAGUGCUUUGCGAGGUGCCCACCUGACACCAUCGAAGCCAAAGACAUCAAGAAGCCGAUCAAGCGACGGUUUGUGACCAUGCCCUGCCCAUCUUCUCAAUGCAGUGAACAUACUGAUUGUCACUGGACGUGCCCUGAUUGUCUGGAGGCAAUCGAAUAUGGGUACGUCGAUGACUAUUUCUAUUGCGGUUGUGGCAGGAGCAAGUAUUCGAACUACGAGUUUCAGUGCAAUGGGCCAUCGCAUGGCCCGCGAUUUGAUCAACACGAUCCCGCCGUGAUGCUCAAAUCACUCCGCGACCUUGGGUCUUCGCACUACGUCAACAUCUUGAUCCUGGGUGAAACUGGCGUGGGCAAGUCCACUUUCAUCAACGCCCUGGCCAACUACCUCCAAUUCGCAACCCUGGACGAUGCCAUGGCUUCUGACGGCUUUUCCUGGCUGGUCCCUUGCUCUUUCUCCACCCAGACAAUGAACCGAGACAGCUUGGACGACGAGAUCCAGGAGCAUUUCGUCUCCAUCGGAUCCAGAGAGGAUGAAAAGGACGGCAGCAAAGGUGACUCUGCCACUCAGCGAACGGCUGUAUACUCUGUGCCGAUUUCUUCUGGCUCCACACCCUGCACAGUGCGACUCAUCGAUACCCCGGGUAUUGGCGACACACGUGGCCCCGAGUUCGACCGGAAAAACAUGAUGGACGUUCUUGCGACGAUUAGCGGCUACGAUGAGCUGCAUGGGAUAUUGAUCCUUCUCAAACCGAACAAUUCUCGACUGACAAUAACCUUCCAGUACUGUGUCAAGGAGCUCUUGGUUCAUCUUCACCAGAGCGCCGCUCGAAACAUGGUGUUCGGCUUCACCAACACGCGAAUCACAAACUACACCCCUGGGGACACCUUCCAACCCCUGAAGAGACUUCUGGGGGGGAACACCAACGUGGGGCUUUCGCUCUCGGCCAACACGACCUAUUGUUUUGACUCUGAGAGCUUUCGAUACCUUGCGGCUUCGAAGCAAGGAAUCCACAUGCCCAACAAGGCGGAUUUUGACCGAAGUUGGGACCAUUCCCGACACGAGACCGUACGUUUGAUCGAGCAUUUCAGAUCGGUGCGCGCCCAUCUGACCAAGAGUACCAUGAGCCUGAACGGAGCCCGCCGGAGUAUCCGGGAACUCACCAGGCCGAUGGCAGACAUAUCGCAGAUGAUCAGGAAAAACAUCGCCGUCUGUACGGACAAGAAGGCCGAGCUCGCCGACAAACGUCUCACCGGUGACCAGCUCCGCAACAACCUGCACAUAGACAAGAUCCAACUAAAGCCGGAGCCACUGGUCAUGCCUAGAACCGUCUGUGCCCACACGGAUUGCACCGAGGUCCGAGACGAUGGCACUGGCCGAAGCGAGAAAGUCACUGUCUACAAGACGCACUGUCACGACCAGUGUUCCCUUGACGACGUUCCUCACGACGUCCUGGCUCCUCCAAGUCUCAUGAACUGCGCAGCAUUCGGAGGCUCGCAGACAUGCAGUCGCUGUCGGCAUCACUGGUCAGAACACAUGCACAUCAUUUACGAGCUCAAGGAGCACACGGUGACGGUCGAAGACAGCACUGUCGCGCAGCAGCUAAGGGACCACGCCGACGACAUCACACUCCGUCAGACGGCAAUCACCAACCUGGACCAAACAAUCAGGGAGUACCAGGAUGAGCACGACAUUGUCCGCGACGCGGCCGCCAGGUUCGGCGUGUUCUUGAAGCACCACUCCAUCACGCCCAUCAACGACGCCACCGAGGCGUACCUCGACUUCCUCAUCAAAGCCGAGAAAGACAAAGUCGACGUCGGCGGCAACGACGCCAAGCUCCAGACCUUGACAGAGGACCUCCAGCGCCACAAAGAAGCCAUGGCAGUGCUGACGCGCUCCUUCGCCGCGAAUACGACUGCCGCGGCGGACGAUCUGACCGAAGCGGCCAUCGAGAGGACGAUUGGCGUGCUGUACGACCUGAAACACUUUGGCGAGAACCUGAAGUGCUUGCGAGAGGGGAUCUCGUCCGCGCACGAAGCCACCAAUCGGGAGAUCCCGCUGUCUUUCAAGCGCCAUCCUUUCAGUGCGAGCGGUCGCCGUUCCAGGAAGCUGGAGUUUCGGAGGCACAAUUACACGGACGGUUCUGCCAGCGGUGGUGCAUCGUCUGCGGGACGGGCUCAGGAGGAUGGUGACGGCAAGGGCUUGUUCACGAAGGCGUGGCGGAGGGGACAGGCUCUUUUUACCCUCGGCCCCUCAGGGUCUUCGAGGUGAACAGGCCCUCGACACACUAACUGGAAUGCCACACCUGGUUUUGCUGAGCCCGAGUCCAGCAGGAUUGAAACUCCUGGCCUGCUGCGG